UAGGCGGCGAUGAUGGAAUUGCUCACAGCCAAACACGCCCCAAAGCCUAUCGCCACGCCAAUGGUCUCCUGCACCUAGGAGAACGAAACGACCAACCCCCCUCCCUUCCCUUAUCACAAAAAUCUUCCACUCGAUGCUAUUGUAGCCUCUGUUCACCGUCUUGUUCUUCUCCCACCUUCGUCUCGACGCGGGAAUUCCAUUCGUCGUAUGCAAAUUAUUGUGCAUCGGAUUGAUCGGAAGAUUUUAGGUGGCUGCUGCUGCUGCUGCUGCUGCUGAUUUGCAGUUGGUGGGGUCGGGAAUUCUUGACGUAUAGGGAGUUAAUAUGGCGAUGAGAGACUUGGUGAACGGCGCCGCCUCAUGCGCGGUGCCGGGGUCGAGUUCAUCGAACCCUCUCGGUGCUCUUGCCAACACUUUGAUGGGCUCCUCCUCCAAAACUCAGGAAAGGCUUAGAGAGAUACCUACUGCAACACCUACAGUUUCAGGUGGCAAUUUGUAUGGGGAACAGCCCUUGGCCGCCCUCCCGGGAUCAGAGCUUGAGCACGCACAGCAUUCCAGUGCACAGGGUUCAGAAUUUCUUCAAGGCUUCCGUUCUGUAGAUCAAAAUGGGUUUUCAGAUGCUUGGGAUGAGAUACAGAGGCCACAAAUUCCUCAGUUCCAGGGCAGGGAUGGUCUUCCUUUAGAGCAACCUUUUCAUCAACAGGAUUUAAUAGGACCACCUCAAAGAGUGUUGUCGAAUUUUUUGCAUUCAUUUAUUCACAGCAGCCAUGGUAGCAUGCCAUUUCGACCGACUUCUCUUCCAGUUUUAGGAUUAUCUGAAGGUGAUAAGCAAUGCAUACGCGAUCGUACUAGUAUUAUGGCUCGGCACCUGUUUGCAGACAGAACUGAAGACUUUAUUCAAUCACAGGUUAAUGCCCUUUUGUCAUCUUUGGAUAUUGAUAAUGAUGUUCGAGCUAGAGGACACAUUCCUGGGAGAUUUUCGGAGCUAGAGGAGUUCUGGAAUGAAUCACAAGGCAUGAAACCUGGGCCACAUGGUGUGGAUGGGUGGGUUUCUGAAUUUUCACAGCAUCAAGCAGCUCGUGGUGAUCCAAAUAUGUGGGUUCAGCAAUUUGAACGAAAACAUGGCGCUAAUGGUUGGGCAUCUGAAUUCGAGCAUGAACAGUCUCAAAUUGCUUCAAUUGAUCAAAUGAGAGGUUCAAGUAUCCCUAAUGUGGCUGCCAUGGAGCAGAGUCGCAUGCUUGCACACACACUAGCUCAGAACAAUGACCCAAAGUUUCAGAAUUCAAAAUUCCUUCAGUUUGUAUCAAAGAUGAGCCGUGGUGAACUCGCAAUUGAGGACAAUCAGUUUAAGCCAGCUGCAAUCUCCAAACCUGGUGACUGGGCAAAUGAAUAUGAGCAACAAUAUAGCGGAGGUCAAUCAUGGGGUGAUCAGUUUGCAAAUGAGCAGCAUUUGCAUGGACCUCAUGGCUGGGCAAAUGAGUUUGCUGCGGAACGUGAGCAGCACAGAGCGACUGAAGAUGAAUGGGCCAGCGAAUUUUCCAAGUUAAAUGUCAAUGAUUGGGCUGAGGAAUUUGAGCGUCAUGUUGCUGAUGGAACAUUUGCUGAUACUUCUGCUGAUAGUUGGGCAAAUGCAUAUGAUGAGUACCUAAAUGAACAAGUAGCAUUAAAGCAGAAAUCAGGAGCAUCGAGGGGGCUCUAUGAGUUUUCUGAUUUAAAUCCUUACGUUGGCCAUCCGAAUCCAUUGAAGGAGGGGCAAGAACUAUUUCGUAAAGGACUUUUGAGUGAAGCAGUUCUUGCAUUGGAGGCUGAGGUUAUGAAAAAUGCUGAUAAUGCAGAGGGUUGGAGAUUGCUUGGUAUAGCACAUGCUGAGAAUGAUGAUGACCAACAGGCAAUUGCUGCUAUGAUGCGCGCACAUGAGGUUGAUCCUACUAACUUGGAAGUUCUUCUGGCUCUUGGUGUGAGCCAUACAAACGAAUUGGAGCAGGCAGCCGCACUAAAGUAUUUGUACAGUUGGCUGCGCCAUCAUCCCAAGUAUGGGAGUAUUGCUCCUCCAGAUCAACCUGAGAAUCUGUAUUAUGGUGAUGUGGCUACACUUUUUAAUGAUGCAGCUAAACUGGCACCUGAAGAUGCCGAUGUGCACGUAGUUCUUGGAGUACUGUACAACUUAUCUAGAGAAUAUGACAGAGCAAUUGAAGCUUUCCAGACUGCUUUGAAACUCAACCCUCAAGAUUAUUCUCUCUGGAACAAGCUUGGUGCUACACAAGCUAAUAGUGUCCAAAGUGCUGAUGCAAUUUUGGCCUAUCAACAGGCUCUAGAUUUGAAGCCAAACUAUGUACGCGCGUGGGCAAACAUGGGCAUCAGUUACGCAAAUCAGGGUAUGUACGAGGAAUCAAUUCGGUACUAUGUCCGGGCACUGGCAAUGAAUCCAAAGGCGGAUAACGCCUGGCAAUAUUUGAGAAUUUCUCUGAGCUGUGCGUCGCGGACCGACAUGCUGGAAGCUUGUGAUUCGAGGAAUCUUGAGGUUCUACAGAAGGAAUUUCCCCUGUGAUGAAAUUACAACCUUGCUCAGGAGAAUCCAAAUACUCUACUCCGGCAGUCAGUCGUAUCUCCGCCGCCGCCAUCCACGCCAAGGAUGAACUUCACAGGUAUGACAUACGACGGGGAUACAGUCCAGGGAUUAUGAAUAAGCUUGAAAUUGACAAACAUGGUUGUUGAUAUGUACCAUAGAAAUGUUGGGAGGGAUUGAAAUUAAUGGUGCUGAAAAUUCAUUGCCUGUUUGCAAUA